AUGGCGGAUAAUCUUCCUGGCGUAUCAGGACCUUCAGUGCCUCCAGUAGAAAAACAAGUCGAGGGUGGUGAAAGGAUAGAGGGUGUAGGGAUAGAGGAUUCUAAAGGGGGUGAGGAUAGAAAUAUUCCUGAUAAUAUGUGUCUAGAUACUUUCAGCCCAAUCCCUAUCCAAAUUAUUACCAAUAGGCUGGUUUCUGAUCUGAAUAAGCAGGGGAAAAAAACCUUCAUCAGAAAACCAAGACCUAUUGAAGGCUUCUCUGAAGGGAACCUUGUUGCUCCUAGUAUCAACAAAGGGGAAGAUCCGGAGAAAAUCAAGAAGCGAAGGGAGUUUGAGUCUUUAUCGAUGGCAGUCAUGAAGAAUUCUGAAUUUCAAUUAUGGAAAAGGAUUUCCCAAAAUGUCAUAUACAGAGCAUUUGUCGUCAGUACUCUAAAGGAGAAGCUCACAGAUUCAAAGGAUGAAGCAACCCUGUGCUCGGUUGGUUCGUCUUCAAAAUCAUCUGAAUAUCGGCCCAUUAAUAUUUCCGUGAACUUCUAUUCAGAUCCUGAAUGCAAAAUUAAGGUUUCGACGACAGCUUUCUUUCCCCAUCUCAAAGUUGAUGCAGCUAUUGUAUCAUUUAAAUUAAAAAAAAGCGGUGGAUUAUCCGUGUUUUUCCUCCACCAAAAGCUUCUUCUCAAUGUGAAUAACAAUACCAACUUCUUAUCGAAAUUCUUAUUUUGCUUCUGUAUUAAGACUUAA